AUGGUAAGCGCCGAAAGGCGCAAUGCUUGCCGUCUUAAUGAAAUUUGGGAAACCAGAACCGAAUAUUUUCAGUUAGUACCAACUGAUGGACGUAAUGCUGAUGGUGAACCAAUGUUUCUCAAGCUUAAUAUUGGUGGUAUGUCAUUUCUACUCUUAGUUGAAGCAAUUUUACGAGCAGAACCAACUGGGUUUCUCGCUAAAUUUGUUCAGCUGAAUCAUAAAGCUAGGUUGAUGAUAGCAGAUGCCUACAUAGCAUCUGAAGAUGCAUAUUACUUUCAACGAUCACCAAGCGCAUUCGAUCCUAUAUUUCAAUAUUACGCAACUGGCGUCAUUCAUAAGCCAUCAGAAGUGUGUCCCGCAGCAUUUUUAUCCGAAUUAGAAUUUUGGCAAAUUUCUCAUCAACAUAUUGGUUCAUGCUGUGCAGACAUUAUACCUAUGGAACGAAUUGAAGAAGAAGAAGAGAACGUGGAUGAUAAAACUUUUGAUACAUUAAUGUUUGGUCACGUGAGAAGAAGAAUGUGGACAUUUCUGGAGAAACCAAGUUCUUCGUUCCAAGCCAAAGCUUUUGAACUUUCUUCAACUUUAUUUGUUGCUAUUUCUGUUAUGGGUUUAAGCUUUGGAACUAUCCCAGACUUUCAGGUAAUACAAUAUUUGCCAGCUCAGAACGAAACAGUACUUUUACCGAAUGGUACUCUAACAGUAAUAGAAAGAAUUGAAGAAAUAAAAAUUGAGCAUCCAGGAUUUGUAUUUACGGAACGCAUUUGUAUAGCAUUUUUCACCGUCGAAUACUGCUUACGAUUGUUUGCUGCGCCAAGAAAGUUUCGUUUUGCGUUAAAACCAUUAAACUUGGUGGAUUUGAUGGCUAUAAUCCCUUUCUACUUGGAAUUAUUGUUAACAUUCUGUGGUGUUGAUGACAAAAAGCUACGAGAUUUACGUUGGGCUUUUCUGGUUGUUCGCAUAUUACGGGUACUACGGGUGAUAAGAAUAAUCAAACUUGGCAGAUUUAGUUCUGGACUUCAAACUUUUGCCAUGACCUUGCAAAGAAGUCAAAAACAACUGCAAAUGAUGACGAUUGUAUUGCUAACUGGUGUUGUUUUCUUCUCUACAAUGAUAUAUUUUUUGGAAAAAGAUGAAGUUGAAACACCAUUUACUAGCAUUCCUGCUGCUUAUUGGUGGUGUAUAGUAACGAUGACAACAGUGGGUUACGGAGACGCUGUUCCAGCAACUACAAUGGGGAAAAUCAUUGCAUCUGUUGCAAUUAUGUGUGGUGUAUUGGUGCUAGCUUUACCGAUUACUAUCAUUGUGGAUAAUUUUAUAAAAGUUGCGCAAGAUGAGCAGCAAGCAGAACAACAAAAAUUGGAGCACUUGAAACACGAGGGAACAAUACAAUCAAUGCUCAAUAAAGAAGCUGACAAUGAAGAUUACAAUGCUAUCAGUGAUUAA